UCGAGUUCCCCUUCUCCUAUAACGUGAAGAAAUCCAAAUUUGCUUUUUGGUUGAACUCCACACAGCAAUGGUCAACGUCGCUGACUUAUCUGCAUCUGCUCACAAAUAAAACGACAGCGGUCGCUCACCACAAUUGCAGUGUACUCGAAAAUGGAGAAACAAAAAGGGCGCAGAUUGUUGCUGAUGCCAUCACCGUUACAGGGCCACGUCACCCCAAUGCUCCAGCUGGCACACACUCUCCACUCUAACGGUUUUUCCAUAACCGUCAUCUACACUUCUUCCUUCACGCCUCCCCACCUCUCUUCUUCCUACCCUAACUUCACCUUCCUCUCCAUCUCCGACGCCUUGUCGGAACUCGAAGCCUCUACCUCCGCCUCCGAUCCCGUGCACCUCACGCGCCUCCUCAACGUACGCUGCGUUGAGCCGUUGAAACAGUGCUUGGUCACCUUGUUGAAGAACGAUGAUCGUGUUGCUUGCUUCAUCUCUGAUGCGGCGCUUCAUUUCACUCAAUCUGUUUGCGAUGGGUUUAAGCUUCCCAGACUUGUUCUUAGGACUGGUGGCGCUUCUUCCUUUCUUGUCUUCGCUUCUUUCCCUCUCCUUAGAGAAAAAGGUUACCUCCCUGUUCAAGAAUCUCGGCUGGAGGAACCUGUGGUGGAGCUUCCACCACUUAAGGUGAAAGACCUUCCAAAGAUCGAGACCCGUGAUCCUGAGGCCUUCUAUGAAUUUGUUGUUCAAUUUGUCGAGGAAUGCAAGGCUUCUUCUGGGGUGAUUUGGAACUCCUUUGAAGAGUUGGAAUCAUCUGCACUGGCAAAACUGCGCCAACUAUUUUCGAUACCGAUAUACCCUAUAGGCCCUUUCCACAAGCACUUCCCUGAAGGCUCAACUUCUUCUAGCUUAUUGACCCCGGACACAAGCUGCAUCUCUUGGUUAGACACACAAGAACAUAACAGUGUUGUUUAUGUGAGUUUUGGAAGCAUUGCAUCAAUAACUAAGGCCGAGUUUCUAGAGAUAGCUUGGGGGCUAGCCAACAGCAUGCAGCCAUUCUUGUGGGUGGUUCGCCCUGGGUUGAUCCGUGGUUCAGAGUGGCUCGAACCAUUGCCCAGCAGGUUCAUGGAGAAUUUGGGUGGAAGAGGGUACAUUGUGAAAUGGGCUCCUCAAGAACAAGUGCUGGCACAUGUAGCUGUGGGGGCAUUUUGGACUCAUAAUGGUUGGAACUCAACUUUGGAGAGCAUUUGUGAAGGGGUCCCUAUGAUUUGUUCACCAUGCUUUGCAGACCAAAAGGUAAAUGCUAAAUAUGUGAGUGAUGUUUGGAGGGUUGGUGUGAAAUUAGAGAAUAAGCUUGACAGAGAGGAGAUAGAGAAGACCAUUAGAAAAGUAAUGGGGCUCUUCUUAUUCUUCCCUUGAUGGUUUGGUUACUGACAUCUUGUCUUUGAAAUCAUCCACUUCUGAAGUUCAUUGAUCUCUCUACAAAAUUCAGGUCUCAGUUAACAUUCAAAUACUUGUACUUCCAAAAGGUUACGUUUAUAACGUAUGAAUCAACAAAAUGUAAUAUUUUUAUUAGGAGGGAAUAUGAGUUUGCAUUGAAUUUCUGUUGGAUUAAUCGUCUAUGUAUCACAUUCAUAUGGCGAACUAUGCUAAUUGAUAAG